AUGUUUUUCGGCAGAACACUCUUCGCCCUUGCCGGCAUUGCUUCCACAGUCAACGCCUUGGGCAUUAACUGCCAAGGUAGUGGUCUCUGCGCCAGCAACAAGGGCCUUCUAGGAAACCUCCUGGGCCAGAUCAAAGCGAUGGACCAAAGCCAGACCUUCUCUGAUGGCCAACACAUUGCCUGCACCGAGUCUUCCGUCACUAUUGGCAAUCCAAGUCUCUGUAUAUUCUACCAGAAGACCGGCCGAACGUUCACUGUGGCCCAGACCGUCUGGUAUGUCCAGUCUCUGAUGGACCAUGGCUGUACAGCAUGCGGCAGCAUCCCUGUGGACGAUGGCAAUAAUGUCGACAACGGGGAGUUGACUGCCAACAUGGUCACCAAUGCAAAGCGCCGCGAUACCGGCAUGGUCAAGACUGUUAGAAAGAGGCAUGGAUCUGAGUCUCACGCCGUGGGCAAGAUGGAAACUGUUUCCAAGUUGUCGAAGCGCUUGGGUAUCAACUGCCGCGGUAGCUCUACCUGCAGUGUUGGAGGCGUUGCAAACCUCCCGGCCGGACAUAUCGACGAUCUCAAAAACACCAUUGCUGGACAGGGUGAUGGCGUUUGGGGCAAUGGUCAACAAAUCGGCUGCGUUGCUCACGUCACUGGCAAGAUCUGCGCUUUCUACCAGAAUGUCGGCGAUCGCACUUUCACCACGCAGCAGACUUUGAUGUACCUUGACUGGCUCACGGAUCACGGCUGCACCGUCUGCGGCAGUGUCCCUACUGAUGAUGGCAACAACGUCGACAACGGAGAGCUGACCGUUAACUACGUUUCCUAA